AUGCCAUUCUUCUCAAAGGUCUUUAAAAGCAAGGAUGGUCAGGGCAAAAGGGCCGCGGCGCCAGUCGCAAACGGAGACUCACACAAGAAGCCUCAGUGGUCGGAUGCAUGGGCGCGCACAAGGGUCGACCCUGACGAGGUGUCUGAACUCCUGCAUUUAUGCACGGCCGAGUUGAAGUCGAGAGCUCUCGAUGUUCCCUUCUUACUGCUACCGUUUCGUCCAUCGUCCGAUCCAUCUGCCGCGAGAACCUUUGUUCGCAAUUUCUUUCUGCCACCUCACGAUCGAGACCCCUUGCGGGGCUCCUUUUUGGAAACGGAACUUCGUAUGACGGAAGUCAUGGUUCUAAUAAGCGUGAUGAAAUGGUGCUGGGCACGUUUGCCCGGCGGUGUUGUAACAUGGGAGGUUUAUGAAGCAUUCAGAGUCGGAGAAAAAGACUCCGGCUUUGCGCGCGACGCAUUCAGUACAUUCAUUCCAAUCGGCGUUGAGUCGCCUGCUCGGCUUCAAAUCAUUCAAGACUUUUUUGACCUUCUUGCUUCGUUGGCAGCACAUGGCAAGGCUAACGGACUGGGUGGCCACAAAGUUUCAAGAUAUGCCGGCUGGUGGGCAUUUGAACACUAUGAUGCUGGAAAAGGGUUCGAGUCCGGAUAUCAAUCAUGGUCAACUGCUGCUGAUGCAACAUCUCAUCUCUUCUUCGCCUAUCUACGAUCCAUGUCCCCUGGAGCAGGAAAAGCGAGCGGGAUCCUGAGCCUUCCAAGAUCACUACAACAACUUCUUGACUCGACCACCUACCCUCCAAAGCAUGCUCUGUUGUCGAACGAUACCACAAAGGUCGUGAUGAUCGUCGAUGUUGUCUCGCCAACUCCGUACGCUUUAUUGCGGCGGGCUAAGAACUUUGAAUAUCGAGACGAUGACCGAGGUCUACAGCAAUUUGCCAGUUAUGACGACCCUGUUCAGGCUCUUACCGACGAAUGUCGUCGCGUGCUCAAAGCGAUCUCUUCGGCAAAUCAAUCCCAGGUCUCAAAUGCGAAGACAUCCACCAGCCUGACAGACCCGUCAUGGUCACGAUUUGAAGAUAUUGGCUUUGGCAGCUCCCUCGAGGAUGAAGAAGAAGAGGAUGACGGACUGCUUGGUCCUAGAGUCGUCUCGAAGCGACCCAUGCACGCCUCAGUCCGGGGAGGAGGGUUUCAAGAUCUCGCCCGGCCAACAACUCCCUCAUGGGCUGAUUUUCUGUCCUCCGGAUUUGCCGACGAACACGGUAACAAAGCACCCGCCCCUAUCCUGCUCCCGCCCGACAAGAUCCUCCCACCUAUCAAUACGAUUGCGCCUAGAGGGCAGAGCUCGCAGUCGCACCGGAGGAACCUCGAUACGCAGCUGAAUCUCGAUCCAGGCGAGUUGGCUAGCAUCACCAAGGUCAAUGUGGAUGAUUCCUUCUGGUGGGUCUGGAUCAGUAGUCUUGCUUCAGAAGAGCCAACCUCGAGAAAAGCUGUGUUCGGUCGAUGCGCCCUGGUCGAAACCAUUUUCCCGGAUGACAAAUGGAUGGUGAUGGAAGAGCAGGUCAAAGGUGCUGCACCAGAACCUGCAGCCGGAGCAUACAUCGCCGAGAAGAAGAAGACGUUCCUGGGAUUCACGACCAAACGUGGCCGGCUAACUCGACGGGGGUCGGGUUCAAAAAAGAGCCCUCUUUCACCCGAAGCCCAAUUCUCCACCAACAACAGAGCCACGUUAGCGCCAGAUCAACAGGCUAAGAUCCAGAAAGCAGCGGCCGAGCUAUCUAGGAGAAAAGAGGCUGAACAGAAGGAGGAGCAAGCCGUUCUGGCAACUCGUCGUGGACGUAUGCAGGAGCCCAUUGUAGCGUCCAAGACCAACAGCAUCUUCACACUAGGUCCAUUGAUCAAGGACGAAGCUUCGCCAGCGUUGCAAUGGGCAAGUCAGUAUGACAAGAAGGCCAUCCGGGCUAAGUACCUGGGCGACUCACUGGCCGGAAAAGGCUCCCGUGAACUGUUGAACUUGCCUCAAAACGGCCUAGGAAUUAGCAGGUCGACAUCGACGCUGUCUGUGGUCAGCAAGAAUAAGGACCUCCCACCAGCACCGGCUGAGAAAGUGUCGCGCCCGGCUCUUGUCGAGAGAUCUCAGUCUGCUGAGUCUCCAGCUGGGACACCGAUUGUCAUAGAGCCUGCUCCAAUUCCUGCCGAAUCAACGAUCCCAGUCCAAACCCCAACAUUGACAGAGGCAGCAGAAGUGCCUCUGCCACCAGCGACGCCAGAAAUCGUAGAGCCCCCCAAGCAUCAACCCGCUAAAUUGAGAAAAUCUCUGGAUCAGCAACGUCGUUCGCCUGAGCAGAAAAAACCGAGGGGAAAGACUCCGACCGGGCCGCCUCCCGUACAGAAAACUAGCGGCAUUCGACGUCUGUUUGGAACCAAGCGAUCCAAGUCACGGGAAUCAAGAGUGCCAGAACCACCUGAGUCACCAGUCAACGUGGAUGAAGAUCCCGCCGUUGCUGCAGCCAGACGUGCCCUGGAGGGCAAACCUGCGCUCCAGGCAGCAGCCUCAGAAUCCCCACCCUUAAGUCCUGGACACUUCCAACGCCUUGCAACUGUUAAAGCUUCCCAGUCUCCAGCACCUGUAGUCCAUGAAGCUCCAGAGACGCCGAAGAUGACGGCGGCGUCGAUACAAAGAGAAGCGACCCCAGAACUGUCCAGGGACCCGGAGGUAUUCGAUCAAGUUGUUGCACCGCCGCGGACUCGCCGCGACGAGGAAUACGACCAGCUCUCUCGAGUAGACACGAACGAACGCGAGCAUGCUGAUCGUGAGUUCUCGACGUUUGAUCAAGGGCCGCUAGUUGAUCAGCCAGCCUUCGUACCUGUGGAUACACCUCCCAGAGAAGAGUUUUUGACACCUAUCGAGGAACCUCCCCAUGCGCCGAUCAGCCUCCAUUCCGGCCGAUCGUUCCAGCAGACGGAGAGCUCCGUAGAGGAGGAAGACGGACCAGCCCUUACGCAACAGGUCAGUCCUGGUGACCGAUGGGCUCAGAUUCGGCGAAACGCAGCCGAGAGAGCAGCGAGACAAUCGGAGGAGCAGACCUCGCGGAGUCGUACAGAAACACGAACUGACGAUGGGGAAACCAGUGGGGAAGAGACAAUUGAAUCACGGGUUGCACGAAUCAAGGCCCGAGUGGCUGAAUUGACUGGAAAUAUGGACAGCAACCGCCGAUAA